CUGGUCCACCCCCCUCUGGUAACUCCAGAAUGGUAUCGUCCAAGAUGGCAGCCUCCGUGCUGAAGCGCUGUGUGACUGCGGCUGUCAAAGUUAAACACUUCUCUUCGUCCCUUACAGCUAGAAGAUGUCUGCUCUCUGUAACUUACACAGACACCAAACCGUGGGAGGAGAGAGAAAGAGAUCCUCAGAACCUGGCUGUGCUGGCCAACCUCAUGGACAGAACAUACGACAGGAACGUCCCCGUCAGCUCUCUGACUGUGUCACGGUUUAUUGACAACAUAUCAUCUAGGGAAGAGGUUGAUCAAGCGGAGUACUACCUUUACAAGUUUCGCCACAGUCCAAAUUGUUGGUACCUGCGAGACUGGACCAUUCAUGACUGGUUUAGACAGUGUCUGAAAUACAGUGCAAGAGAAAAGGCCCUGCACACUCUUAAAAACAAGGUCCAGUAUGGAAUAUUCCCAGACGACUUCACCUUUAACCUGCUUCUGGAUUCUUACAUUAAAGAUGGAGACUUUAAAAGUGCAUGUUCUGUGGUGGAAGAGCUGAUGCUUCAGGAGGCCUUCGACCUUCCCUCCACACAGAUCCUGUCUCUGUACGCUCUCUGCAAUUUUCUUGCAACUAAACCACAACUCACUGUGUUGGAGGAGCGGGCACUGGGAGCAUCACUGUUCCACUGUGGACUGAAGCAGGACAAUACUGUCGGCCUCAGCGCUCAGCUGCUUGGCAACGCUCUCCUUGGUAAGGUGGAGAUUUCAAAGGGCAUCCAUGCAGUAUUUAAAGGUUUCCCUCUCUCCUGGGCUCGAGGGUAUCUGGGUGAAGUGCUGGCUGUGAUGGAGAGAGUUGCUGCUGCUCCUAGUGAUAUCAAGUUACCUAAAGAUGCGUUGGACUUUGUGAAUGAGUUGCUGCAGGAACUACCAUCGACCUCUGACACAGACUCCUCCGGAGAGGAGUCAGGUGGAGAGGAAAGCAAGAACGUGGACAGUGUGGAGGAAGAAGAUCAGGCCGAGCAGGCGAAGGUGCCUCAAUAUGUCAGCAGAUUUAAAGAACUGAGCAGCCAGUUGGAGUCUCAGGGUAAAAUAGAGCCCACCUCCUUCCAGGAUUUGGUGACAGCAAUGGCCCAGCAGAACCUAGCCGCCGCCGAGGCAGCGGACCUGGAGUGGUACAAGAGCCGGCUGCAGGCCUGGGAGGCCGAGAAGAAGAAUCUGAUCCAGAGGGAGAAGGAGAUGAGGGAGAAGUCUGAGCAGGAGAGACAGGAGCGUGCAGCCGCCUGGGCUGCAGCUCGGCAGGCGUAGAGACUCUUCAUCCAGACCUGAAUGAAGAUCAAUGACUGUCUACUGAGUGUGUGUUUUGGAUUUGCUCAUCGAUAAUACACCAUACUUCAGUUACAUUUGUACAUACCAGUUAUUGUUUAUGUGCUUAUCAACAUGCUGUCAAAAUAAAGCUUGACUUUCAUUUGUAUCAGAAA